UUUGUGAAUAAGAGAGGAAGGAAAACGUCACGCGCCAUCUUUUUUUUAAACGGAGUGAAGAUUCACGGUGUUUUUGGAGAGAGUGUUUUUUUUUCUUUCCGGCCUGUGUGUUUUAUUUACGCAGAUAAAAUGGGAAGAAAGAAGAAGAAGCAGAUGAAGCCGUGGUGCUGGUACUGCAACAGAGACUUUGAUGACGAGAAGAUUCUAAUCCAACAUCAAAAAGCAAAACACUUCAAAUGUCAUAUAUGUCACAAAAAACUGUACACAGGACCUGGGUUAGCUAUACAUUGUAUGCAGGUGCACAAAGAAACAAUAGAUGGUGUUCCAAAUGCAAUACCUGGCAGAAUUGAUAUAGAGUUGGAAAUCUAUGGUAUGGAAGGCAUUCCAGAAAAGGAUAUGCAAGAACGAAGAAGAGUACUUGAACAAAAAUCUCAGGAGAGCCAGAAGAAGAAACAGAACCAGGAUGAUUCAGAUGAGGAUUCAGAGGAAGAUGAAGCUGGACCUUCACAGCAGACGGCAGCGCAGCCACAGGCUGCCUACAUGCCCCCAAUGGCUCAACCUGGUGUGCCCCCCGGAGCACCUGGCAUGCCCCCUGCUAACUACUCAGGUAUACCCCAUAUGAUGCCAGGUGUGCCACCGAUGAUGCCUGGUAUGCCCCCAGUGAUGCCAGGCAUGCCGCCAGGAAUGAUUCCCAUGGCAGGAAUGAUGCCCCCGGGGCCUGGAAUGCCCCCAAUGAUGCCAGGCAUGCCUCCAGGCAUGCCUCAUCAUAUGGCUCGUCCUGGGAUGCCUCCGAUGGCCCAGGCAGCCCCUGUUGUGGCUCCAGUUGUGGCAUCCAGACCUGCUGGACCUGUAGCCCAGUCUACUGCCACUAAACCCCUUUUCCCUAGUGCUGUUCAGGCUCAGCAGACAGUGUCUGGUCCACCCUCCACCAGUUCUGAGCCCCCCAAACCAACAUUCCCGGCCUACACCCAGCCGCCCACAACUGCCUCCCCCGCUGGCCCUGCCAGCAACACUGUGGCCAAGCCACCCGCCACAGUGUCCACCAAGCCGGCCACGCUGUCCACCGGCAGUGCUACCAGUAAGUUGAUGCACCCUGAUGAGGAUAUCUCGCUGGAAGAGAGACGGGCGCAGCUGCCUAAGUAUCAGAGAUUAAUGCCUAGGCCUGGGCAAAUUACUGUUGCAGGAGUCAACUCUAACACAGCGGGAGGGCCGAUGCCCCCACAGCAGCCGCCAGUUAGGCACCCCAUGCACGGUCAGUAUGGAGCACCUCCUCAGGGUAUGCCAGCUUAUAUGGCAGGUGGGAUGCCUGCAUAUGGCCAAGUGCCACAGUAUCAGGGUGGUCCACCCAUGGGCAUGAGACCACCAGUCAUGUCUCCAGGAGGCCGAUAUUGACACAGCCCUUGAGUUCUGAUAGGUUUGGUGCCCUGCCCUUUUCUAAUAGUGUGCUGUUUAUUUGGCCAAAAAAAAAAAAAAAUAAAAACAAGCUGUACAUCCGUCCCAAGAUGAAGACGGCGCCCCACACAGGACAGUUUGACACAUUGAGAAUUGAAAAGUAAGCUGUAUCGAUGUUGCUGUUGAUGCAUGUGGCUUUUUUUUUCCUAUUGUGUUUUUAUUCAGGUUGUAUAAGUACAGUGUUUUAAACAGUGAUUUAAUGAUUUUUUGAAGCUGUGGAAGUAAGUUUCCACAUUUACUUCUAUCCGGUAAAACAACUUAUUUUUCUUAUUGAUUCAUGAAGCCUUCACAGCAUGUUCGCGUGCUGUUGGACUUUCCGUCCCCAUCAUUUGAUCGGUGAGGGCUUCAGAAUGUCCAGUACUUGUGUAUCAUUCCUUAAUUCAGGUUUUAAGUUCCAGUAAAGGUAAAAAUGGAUAAAUGUUCAGACAGUUUCUUUUUUGGAACAUAAACUGUAAUAAAACUUAAUUUCAUUUUUUUU